GGAAAAUGGGAACGUAUGUGUCAUUCACACAGCUCUGCCCACACUGCAACUAUUCAAGACAGUGGCAGAGUCAGCCUGUUGUAGGAAGUACCCCCGUCGGCAACCUACACCUGUCAGCGGCAACGUAUUUCACCGGUGCAUCCUGAAUAUCAAUUUAUUGCAUAUGUACUUUCUGCAAGGUUUGUCAAAGAAACUUGACAAAGUUGCGCAAAACAAGGACUGCGGGGUGCUGAAGAAGUGGCUGCGUAGCAUUAAAAACCACGUCUACUGGAGUGCAACAUCGUCAACAUCAGGGCCAGAGAAGGUAGCCAAGUGGACAUCGAUUGUCAACCACAUCCAGAACGUGCACUUGCAUGAAAACCCUCUUUUCCCUAAGUGCCAACAUCCUGAUAGAGUGUCAAGGGAUCCAAGUAAAUGGUUUAAACCAGGGUCAGUGGCACUCUACAAAGUGGAAAAAAUCCUGGUCAAUAAGAGGGUUGUCAAAGAUGUGGAGAAGCUGAGCCACCACUACCAAACAUCAUCCCUGGAGGCUUUCCACAGUUUGAUCCUUCGCUUCACACCCAAGAAUGUGGUUUUCCCUUUCAUGGGCAUGCUUUGCAGGUUGUACCUUGCAGCCAUGCACUACAAUGAAAAUGCAGACCACGAGCAAGCCACAACAUCUGCAGGACAACCCGUAUUCAAGGUUGUGUUUCCCAAGUCCAGGAAGGGGGAGGUGACUGCGAGGCCAGUAAAAACAGACCCUACAUACAAAUAUGUGGAAGAACUGAUGAGGCUGGUUUUCGAGGAGGUGUUCGAGGACCCAACGCCAUUUGUUGAGGUGCUGAAGUCCAUCCCCAUCCCCAAGGACCUGGCAUCGGAUCAUGAGAGACCCUCAAAGGAGGAAGUGGUUGCCCGCCAUGUGUCUCGCUUUGUUCAAGGAACAGUCGGAACCCUACAUAUUAUGCACCCGGAUCCAGAAACUGCAGGCGUAUCCGGCGUACAACGCACAACGGGAUUACCACCCUAACAGUCCUUCCCAAGAAGCCCCAGCACCAGUUGACAAAGCCAAGAGAGGCAAGGUGCCUGCAGCGCCUGUAUGGACAGGAUUGGACAAUAGUGAACAUCCCUCUUAAUUAUAGUGUAUAUCUGUAUUUCUUUCCUAUUAUGU